CGUUUCCUGCCCCGGAAGUGGUUGUCUUUACCUAACGAGGUCAAAAUGGCGGCUCGCUGCAUGUGAAAGGGUCGAAACGAGAGCCGGCUUUAUGAUUCGAGAACAUGUUUAAAGCGCCAUGCUGCAGACUGUCAGGUUAUGUGGGAACUAGUGUGAAAAAGAAAUUAGCUCAAAAUGUUUCUCGGUGUAACUACACUUCUUGCACCUCCAUCCGGCUGCUCAGAAGAGAUCCGUCAAACUGGCUGACCUAUCAGCAUCUUAACUUCCUUAAACGCCAGUAUGUUGCAAAGAACAGCAGUGAUCUUCACCAGCGUGCCGUCCCCAAACAGGCACCUGUGCUGACCGUAGUGGACGAGAGAGACGACAGCGUCGAAAGGCAAGUGGAGAGAGUACCAACCAUUCGUCAUGUAGCCGCCGACGCUGUCCCUGAGCCGGACGAUGUCACCGUUAAGGCGCAGCCUAAAAUCUCCACGUUGAAGCCCGAUGUAGAGGAGACUCCACAUGUCCAUGUGGAGACGGAAGAGGCAAAGCAGGCGCGUCUCGACAGACAGUGGAAGCAGCUGAAUAAGGACGACUCUGACUUACCGGAUAUCUACGCCCGGCUUGCCAAAAUCAAACUUACAGCUCUCGUGGUCACGACUGCAGCAGCCGGCUUUGCAAUGGCUCCGGUGCCCUUUGAUCCCAUCAUGUUCUUGGUGUCUUGUCUGGGAACAGGCCUCGCCUCAUGUGCUGCCAAUUCAAUUAACCAGUACUUCGAGGUUCCCUUCGACUCCAACAUGAACCGCACCAAGAAUCGUCCGCUCGUCCGAGGGCAGAUCAGCCCCCUUCAUGCAGUGUCCUUCGCCGUAGCCUGUGGAGUUCCCGGAGUCGCCCUCCUCACCUUGGCCGUAAACCCCUUGACCGGCUUCCUGGGCGCCCUCAACAUCUUCCUGUACACCUGUUGCUACACGCCGCUCAAGAGGCUCAGCAUCACCAACACCUGGGUGGGGGCCGUGGUGGGUGCGAUUCCUCCCGUGAUGGGCUGGACCGCCGCCACAGGUUGCCUGGAGCCAGGUGCUUUGUUGCUGGGUGGCUUCCUGUACAGCUGGCAGUUCCCCCACUUCAAUGCCCUCAGCUGGAACUUGAGGGAAGACUACUCCCGCGGCGGCUAUCGCAUGAUGUCCGUCACGCACCCGGGCAUGUGCAAGCGGGUGGCGCUGCGCCACAGCCUGGGCCUGAUCGCGCUGUCGACCCUGGCGCCCGCGCUGGACGUCACCACCUGGACCUUCCCCCUCGUCUCGCUGCCCAUCAACCUGUACAUCAGCUACCUGGCCCUCCGCUUCUACCUGAAGGGAGACCGCAACAACGCCCGGAAGCUCUUCUUCUGCAGCCUCUGGCACCUCCCCAUGCUGCUGCUGCUGGCGCUGACGUGCAAGAAGUGGAGGAGGAGUGAGGAGGACGGCGCUCUGCCUCCGGCUGCUUCACCCCUCACGCUUCCAUCCGCCUCGUAGAUAGAAGGAUAGAUAGAUAGGUAUCCCAGCACCUCCGACACCACAGAGACACACUCGCGUUAACCGCAAUACUCCCUCUGUGUCUCCGGGUAGAGGCCGGGGUGAUGGACACGUUACUCUGGCUGUGUUUAAUUUUAAACCACUGGCGCUCUGCGCGUUGUCAGGAAAUGAGCUGGAAAUUAUGUGGAUCAAAAAAAAGGAAAGAAAAAAAAAUAGCUGAAUUACAGAAAACACACUGAAUCAUUACAUCAGGUUGUAAUCAUUUGAACAUGUGUACUGUAUAUAUUCUGUAUUUAUUUAUAUAGAGGCCCGCCAGUUGCUGUCUUCUGUUGUACGUGACUGAUUUUAAAUGACCUUGUACAGUGUAAAUCGCAAGCCACACAGGCCUCUAUUAGCGAAUACUAAAUCAUAAAGUCAGCAGGAUGUGUGUUCCCACGAAGCAGCUACGACUCAGCACUCGAUUUGUUGAAUGUUGCUCGACUUUCACUCGAUCCCUGUUACUUGACGGUUAAAAAGCCUCAUUUUGUGUGUUUGUUCGUAAACACGAUGCUUUAAUUCAACGUGGUUCAAAGCGACGGGAACGUUUUACCCCCCGUGAGGAGCGAGGGUAAAAGUUUUCCAACAAUAAAAACACGUCGUGAUUGUGA